GCCGCAGAGCUUUUUCGGGGUUGUCGUUGUAGCGAGCUUACGGAAGAAACCUCAGGCAGAACAGACCCAGUAGGGUGACCAUCUGCUUCGGCCGCACUCACAAAUAAAACAAGAGCAAAUGUAAGGUGAAGAUGUAAAUGCAGUUAUAGUCUACAGAAAAUUGAAUCCCACACCAAUGAAUUAUGGGUAUCAAAGCAGUCCAGCUCUCCUCCAGGGACCACCACAAAAACAUUCUAGCCUCUCUGCACCAGCUGUGGCUCCAAGAACAGCUGACUGACAUCACAUUUCAGGUCGACGACCAUGGAGAGAAGCAGGAGUUUCGUGCUCACCAGGUGAUGCUCGCAGCAUCCAGCGGCUACUUCAAGAAGAUGCUCCUGUCUGAUGAGGCUGCUCCAGACAAAUUAUUACUUUCACAUAUACAGUCCAAGGAUUUUGCCAAGUUUUUGGAUUUUGUCUACACUGGUAAAGUUAAAGUUGCCAGAAAUAGGAUUGCUGAUGUGCAGGCAAUGGCACAGUUUUUUGACUGUGUAGAUCUUUUGGAUGUUUGCAGCCAGGCUAUGAGCACUCAUGGACUGCAGGAGCCUCCGAAGGCAACGCCUGCAACAAAACAUGCAAGAGAAGAUGGCAUAGAUGGCACAGAUAAAGCAAAGAAAAGGAAGACCAAAGACAAGGAGCAGCCUGAAGACACAUUACACUUUUCACAGAGCUCAGACACAGAGGUCCAUUCAAAAGUACAGAAGGGAAAAGUCCCAAAAAGGGUUGAAAAGGGCAAAGGUAGACAGCUGAAAGUGAAGUUGGCCAGCGGUAAAGCCCCGAAGAGGAAAUUUCCUGCUAAAAGAGAAAGAAAGGCUUCAAAUAUCGCUGACCAACACACAGAUGAAGACACACAGGAAAACGCAAACAGUGAAGAAAUCGCAACUCAACCAGAAAGACGGUCUUCCAAAGGAGAAGAAUCUCCUUUGGAAGACCCGGCCCAUGAUGCGGAUGAUUGGGAUCACGACAACAACAUGCAGGAUGAAUACUCUGACAAGGAAGACGCAGGACAAUUCGAGGCUUCAAAAAGAGCUUUUGCCCGAUACGUGUGCGAUGAGUGCCCGCGGACCUUCCACUAUGAGCGAAGCUACUUGAAACACAUCAGUAUUUACCACGGGGUGAAAACAGACAUCAUCUAUCGCUGUGAGAUGUGUGAAAAGACCUUUGCUAACCGCAGCAACCUGAAGAUCCACGAAAAGCAUGUCCACAGUAAUGAGAGGCUUUUUGCCUGUCAAGUUUGUACAAAAACCUUCAAACGUAAGAAGGAUGUUACCCGCCACCACCGACAGGUUCAUGAACACAGCAUGGUGGUGCAUAUCUGCCCUGAAUGUGGAAAAGCUCUCAGCUCGAAAACUGCACUGGUGCUGCACGAAAGAAUACAUACAGGUGCAAAACCAUUUGAGUGCACUGACUGUGGGGCCAGGUUUACCCAGAAUUCUGCCCUGAAGCUGCACCACAGGACUCACACAGGGGAGAAGCCCUUUGCUUGUGACCAAUGCGAUGCCCGCUUCACCCAGAAGCACAUGUUGUCCUAUCAUAAGCGAUCACACACAGGAGAGAAACCAUUCAUGUGCGAGGCCUGCGGGAAAAGUUUUGCAUCAAAAGAAUACCUCCAAAACCACUCCAACAUCCACACGGGAUCCAAGCCGUACGAGUGCAAGCAAUGCGGGCGAGGAUUCGCUCAGAGGAACACCCUGCAUCAGCAUUUAAAAAUACACACAGGUGAGCGUCCUUACAUCUGUAAAUUCUGCAAUAAGCAGUUCACUCAGAUCAACGCCCUCCAGAGGCACCAGCGGAUUCACACAGGAGAGAAACCGUACAUGUGCGCCCUUUGCAAACGCACCUUUACAGACCUGUCCACACUUCGCAGGCACACGUCGAUUCAUGACAAAGACGCCCCAUGGAAGACUUAUUUGGUGGUACUGGAGGGGAAUGUGGAGGAUAAGAAACCCAAAACACCCACUAAGGGGAAGAAAUCAAAAGAGGAUACUAUUGCUGAAAAGAGCGGAGAUGGAAGUAACGACGGUGCUAAUGCACUCAAGGUUGAUGGCAUUGUGGCGCCAGCUGAGCCAGUUGCUGUCCCAGCUGACUGGACCAGUCACGGAGCCAUUACCCUGCUCAGUCACAGCACCAUGGGAGGAGGGAUCACACUCAUCCAAACAGAGGUGGCACCUGGGACACAGAUACAGCCAAUCGUAACCACAGAUGGCACAGGAACCAGCAUCAUUUCCUUGGAUGGUGCAGCCAUCUCUGUCCCCUUUACUCUCCCCGUUACCGUGGCUCAUCCCAUCCCACUAUCCUCUGAAGUUUCCUCCACCUCUCUGUCCAUACCUGUUGCCCUUUCGCUUCCCAAUUCUGACGACACACUAGCUUCAGCCUCAGAAACACAGACUGUCCCGACUUCAUCCGUCCUGGAAGCCGCCGCGUCACAAACUAUUUUAGCGCCAGCUUCCGAGACUGGGACUCUAAAACCUAAUAUUCGGACAGUGAUCAUCAAUCAAGAGAUUUGUGGAAAAAUCCAAACAGUCACUGAGCCAAGUGAUGGACAGCAAAAGACAGAAAUGAAUGUUGGCAUUCCAGAGGAUAAGGUCUCAAAUCAAGAUACUGUGUAGAAAAUUAGAUGUUGGACAUCCAAAAUCCAACUACUGUUUUAUGAGACAUCUCCAGGAAGUGGGUCAUCACAUAUGAUCCAACCCCCUGGUGGUAACUUUAUAGUAAUUGUGUGUAAAUAUGAAUAUACUCGUAGGAAUGUGGCUUUGCGAGGAUAAAUUAUACACUCACUCACUCAUCUUCAACCGCUUAUCCGGGACCGGGUCGUGGUAAAUUAUACACGUGAAUAUAUAUUUUACAUCUUUGGAGAUGAUUUAUGGGCUUCUUAACAUAUAUUUAGAUGCAAUCACAGCUGAACUAUUGGGCUGAAGUGCCCAUUUACAGCAAUUUAAGAAUGCAGAUCCAUUUGAAAAUAAAAGUGAGUAACCCUUAAAGCUGGUGUUAAAUUACAUGUAACUGGAGAGGAUGGGUUACAGGCCAAGAAAGAAACAAAUAGCGUAUGGGGCAUUUUUGAAUAUUUUUGUGAAAUUGUCAAGAGAUAAUACAACCCCUGGCAAAAAUUAUGGAAUCACCGUCCUCGGAGGAUGUUCAUUCAGUUGUUUAAUUUUGUAGAAAAAAAGCAGAUCACACCCCCCAAUAUGUGGAAAAAUGCCACAUCUCACAAUAUUAAAGAAAAUAGCAAACAAAAAAAUAAAAAUAAUGCCAUAAUUCCUGGAUCCGCCCCUUCACCACCAAGAUUUAUGUUCUUAAAAUACAAAAUUUGCCAUUGAACUCAUGGUUGGCUCAUAAUUUAGCACCAUGAUAUACUGUACAACCCUAAAUUACUGAUAUUUUUUUUCCUUUCACAUCUUGAAACAAUACAAACUUGAAAGUAAUGUACAUUUAGAUGCAUAAAUGUAAUAUUAUUAGAACCUAAUUUGAAAUGUAAAGGUGAAGAUCUCCAUCAAUGAGUCUAACAGGGCCUUAGUUACAAUGGUUAAAAAAAAAAGAAGCAUUUUUUUAAGGCACAUACUCAAAGUACUGUUUCACUUUUGGUACAAGCAGCGUUGGCCACCACAUUUGAAACUUGGCAUAUGAAAGAAACCAUCAAGCUCAUUUCAAACUAUUUGCAACUUCAGUCACACCUGCUCCUAAUUUCCAUCAACCAUCCAACAGAUGGCUGCUCUCUCAAGUUUAAUGUAAAAAGAUUUCUGAAGGAAUCACAUGUUCAAAGAACGGAUGAUACUUCCAUAACAAUGCCGUUUGUUCCUUAAGAUUUAUUAUUGUCCAUUCACACAAGCAUACAGGUCCCACCCACAGUCCUCCAUCAUUCCACCUGGAAGAAGCCAGAUACGUAGGGUGACAGGUCCUUUUGUAAAAACUUUGGUCUUACUCGCACUUGUGAAUGUGCUGACACCAAACUACGCACGACAACAUGCUAAGCAACUGGCCGUUCGAAAGUCCAAAACGUAAUGCAACACGGAAUGAGCGAGUUAUGAGGCACAAUUCCCCGAAGCUUGCUGCUCGGAGAAAGUCAACUGUGUUGGUGAGUUUCAAAGACAUUUUUCACAGGCAAAAUAAACUUAUAAACUCAACAUCAGACACAGAAGUAAGAAACAAUAAAAAAAAGAAAUCUUUCCUACAAACAGAAAAACUUUCUGAUUGGGCAUAAAUGUUUUAACAGUCUACUACAGUUGCAUAUCGUUACCCUUCAGCAAGAAAAGCAUCUUACUGUUGGUGAUACAUAGAGCAAAGA